UCAGUGGGAUCUAUUGUUUCCUGGCACAUUGGGAGGAAAAACAAAGGGAUUUAUUAUCAUUACCCUGUAAUUUUUUUUUCUUUUUCUUUUUUUAAUGUGGCCAAGGAGCUCGGCUCUCUCGGUGCCACACUGGGAUCCGCCUGGCAGCCGCCGGGAGCCGCAGCCAAUGUGUUAGGACUUCAGGUGCUUUUUGGCACAAAGCUAGACUGCGACCUCCUACCAUAGCGCUUGGCGUCACCUGCUCUCCCGGCCCUGCCCCGGGGCCGAGGGAUUGCGUCCCGAACCAGGCUUGGGAACCGGCUGCCUCUCAAAUGAACCUCUAGUCUUGCUUUGAAAAAGCCAUUUUGUGUAACUGUUGACUGAAUAAUUUCCUAAUACACCUGUUGGGAGGAUCACUGAUACAGUAUGCCAUUUGAGAGGUACUUUUUCUUGACCAAAUACUCUCUUGGUGAUUAGAGAAGAGAGGUGUUUUGUUUUUUUGUUUGUGUUUUCCUGGUCAUUAUGAACAUUGGCUUUUCACCCCUGAAGUAAAAAUGUUGAAAACCGAGUCUUCAGGUGAACGAACCACUCUCAGAAGUGCCUCUCCUCACAGGAAUGCAUAUAGAACUGAGUUCCAGGCACUGAAAAGUACCUUUGACAAACCCAAGUCAGAUGGGGAACAAAAAACAAAAGAAGGUGAGGGCUCCCAGCAGAGCAGGGGGAGGAAAUAUGGCUCCAAUGUCAACAGAAUUAAAAAUCUAUUUAUGCAGAUGGGUAUGGAACCCAGUGAAAAUGCUGCGGUCAUUGCCAAAACAAGGGGGAAAGGUGGACCUUCAUCUCCACAGAGAAGAAUGAGGCCCAAAGAAUUCCUGGAAAAAACAGAUGGCUCAGUUGUUAAGUUGGAGUCCUCUGUUUCAGAACGAAUUAGUAGAUUUGACACAAUGUACGAUGGCCCUUCAUAUUCUAAGUUCACAGAAACUCGGAAGAUGUUUGAGAGAAGUGUGCAUGAGUCAGGACAAAACAGCCGCUAUUCCCCAAAGAAAGAGAAAGCUGGAGGGAAUGAACCUCAGGACGAAUGGGGUGGCUCCAAGUCCAACAGAGGCAGUACUGAUUCCUUGGACAGCCUUAGCUCCCGGACGGAGGCUGUUUCCCCAACUGUGAGUCAACUGAGUGCAGUAUUUGAGAACACUGAUUCCCCCAGUGCCAUGGUUUCUGAGAAGCCUGAAAAUGAAUACUCAGUGACUGGGCAUUAUCCCCUGAAUCUACCAUCUGUUACUGUUACAAAUCUUGACACCUUUGGUCACCUUAAGGAUUCAGAUUCUUGGUCUCCUCCAAGCAAACACGGUGAUGAUGCAGAGGAUGCUCAGAAGAGUAAUACAAGUCCGGUACCAGAAGUGGCUUCGAAAAGUACCUCUCUAGCUUCAGUGCUUGGUGAAGAAACACAGCAGAGCAAGGAAGCCGAGGACUCCACAUCUAACCAAGAGACUCCUGACAGAAUUGACAGAGAUCUUCCUGAGGAACCUUGUGCUGCAAAUAAGGCGAUGCCAGAGUCUGAAAUCCUUUCACCACAAAAUGUACCUUUAGAAGAUGCCGAAGCUAAUUUAGUUGGGAGUGAGGCAGCAAUGCAUCAGAAGAAAGAACUUGCAGGUGGUGAUUUUACCUCUGCUGAUGCUCCUGGAUCCAGUUGUGGAAAGGAAGUACCCGAAGAUUCAAAUAAUUUUGAGAGUUCCCAUGUUUACAUGCACAGUGACUAUAAUGUGUAUAGGGUAAGAUCCAGGUAUAAUUCAGACUGGGGAGAGACAGGCACUGAACAGGAUGAGCAGGAAGAUAGUGAUGAAAACAAUUACUAUCAACCAGAUAUGGAAUACUCGGAAAUUGUUGGAUUGCCAGAAGAAGAAGACAUCCCAGCAAAUAGGAAAAUUAAAUUUAGUAGUGCUCCAAUUAAGGUUUUCAGCACAUACUCCAAUGAAGACUAUGACAGGAGAAACGAUGAAGUGGACCCCGUGGCUGCUUCUGCCGAGUAUGAACUUGAAAAGCGUGUAGAAAAGCUGGAACUUUUCCCAGUGGAACUAGAAAAAGAUGAGGAUGGACUUGGUAUAAGCAUUAUUGGAAUGGGUGUUGGAGCAGAUGCCGGGCUUGAAAAGCUGGGAAUAUUUGUCAAAACAGUAACAGAAGGUGGUGCUGCCCAGAGGGAUGGCAGAAUACAAGUCAAUGACCAGAUUGUGGAAGUGGAUGGAAUCAGCUUGGUGGGUGUCACACAGAAUUUUGCUGCAACAGUUCUCAGAAACACCAAGGGCAAUGUCAGAUUUGUUAUUGGGCGAGAAAAGCCAGGACAAGUGAGUGAGGUUGCCCAGUUGAUAAGCCAGACGCUGGAACAAGAAAGGCGCCAGAGAGAGCUGCUGGAACAGCACUAUGCCCAGUACGACGCCGAUGAUGAUGAGACAGGAGAAUAUGCCACAGAUGAAGAAGAGGAUGAGGUAGGACCUGUUCUUCCGGGCAGCGACAUGGCCAUUGAAGUCUUUGAGCUGCCUGAGAAUGAGGACAUGUUUUCCCCAUCAGACCUGGACACCAGCAAGCUCAGUCACAAGUUCAAAGAGUUGCAAAUCAAACAUGCAGUUACAGAAGCAGAGAUUCAAAAAUUGAAGACCAAGCUGCAAGCAGCAGAAAAUGAGAAAGUGAGGUGGGAACUAGAAAAAACCCAACUCCAACAGAAUAUAGAAGAAAAUAAAGAGAGAAUGUUGAAGCUGGAGAGUUACUGGAUUGAGGCUCAGACGUUAUGCCACACGGUGAACGAGCACCUCAAAGAGACUCAAAGCCAGUAUCAGGCCUUGGAGAAGAAAUACAACAAGGCAAAGAAAUUGAUCAAGGAUUUUCAACAAAAAGAACUUGAUUUCAUCAAAAGACAGGAAGCAGAAAGAAAGAAAAUAGAAGAUUUGGAAAAAGCUCAUCUUGUGGAAGUUCAAGGUCUGCAAGUACGGAUUAGAGAUUUGGAAGCUGAGGUGUUCAGACUACUGAAGCAAAAUGGGACUCAAGUUAACAAUAACAACAACAUCUUUGAGAGAAGAACAUCUCUUGGUGAAGUCUCUAAAGGAGAUACCAUGGAGAACUUGGAUGUCAAGCAGACAUCUUGUCAAGAUGGCCUAAGUCAAGACUUGAAUGAGGCAGUCCCCGAAACAGAGCGCCUGGAUUCAAAAGCACUGAAAACCCGAGCCCAGCUCUCUGUGAAGAACAGACGCCAGAGGCCCUCUAGGACACGACUCUAUGAUAGUGUCAGUUCAACAGAUGGGGAAGACAGUCUGGAACGAAAGAAUUUUACCUUCAAUGAUGACUUCAGUCCCAGCAGCACCAGUUCGGCAGACCUGAGCGGCCUAGGAGCAGAACCCAAAACUACAGGGCUCUCCCAGUCCUUAGUGCUGUCAUCAGAUGAGAGCCUGGAUAUGAUAGAUGACGAGAUCCUUGAUGAUGGACAGUCUCCCAAACACAGUCAGUGUCAGAAUCGGGCCGUUCAUGAAUGGAGCGUGCAGCAGGUUUCUCACUGGCUAAUGAGCCUAAAUCUGGAGCAGUAUGUAUCUGAAUUCAGUGCCCAAAACAUCACUGGAGAGCAACUCCUGCAGUUGGAUGGAAAUAAACUUAAGGCUCUGGGAAUGACGUCAUCCCAGGACCGAGCAGUGGUAAAAAAAAAACUGAAGGAAAUGAAGGUAUCUCUAGAGAAGGCUCGGAAGGCCCAAGAGAAAAUGGAAAAACAAAGAGAAAAGCUGAGGAGGAAGGAACAAGAACAAAUGCAGAGGAAGUCUAAAAAGAAUGAAAAGAUGACAGCUGCCACAGAGGGCGCUGGUGAGCAGUAACACACACCCUCUCUCAGACAAGUCUCCCCUCUUCCUGCCCCACUCUUCUCCGGAGGAUUAAGGAACUGAUGGCAGGGGUGAUGUGCGCUAGGCAGAUGGGGGAAACCAUGUGUUGCAUAACUGCAUUUUCUGCAAUAAUCGAAUACUAUUUUAAUUUUUGCCUACUGAAAUAAUCCCAAGCCUCCUUUGGUUUCUUGCCAAACCAAGGAUCUCAUUUGUGAAAGAUGCAAAAUAGCUGUGUUUCUCUCUCUCUUACUAUGCUCUUGUGUUGUGUUGGGUGGGUUGCAUUGCUUGGGAAAUGGAUGUCACCCUGCCCAACAAAAGCGUGAAACACCCCAGGUAUUGUUAAUGGAGGGCCGUGACUUCUCAGUCUGGGAAUCCUGAAACUGGGCAAUAGCACAUAUCUGCAUGGCCGACAGCACCACUCUGCCAUGAGAUCUGGGCUCCAGAAUCUACCCCAGCAUGUGGGAAAGUUUCCCCCUCAUUUUUGUGUCUGGACAGUGAGACAACCCCACUGUAGAAACAUGGGUGCUCUGUAACAUGAUUACGUACUGUGGCCAAAGGCAAGCAAACUCUUCUGUUUGCGGGGCAUCAGAAAGAGAGAAGAGAAUUAUAGUUAUUUGUUAACCCCAGAAGGAAGCAAAAAGCCUUAAGAAUGUGGAUGUGGGUAUUACCUUGGGGUUCUGAGAGUAACAUUUAUCCUCCAGAUUUAGCCGAACAAAGAAAAAAAUCAGACAUUAGCACAGCCAUGGGAUAUUGGGAUCCAUUGUUUACUUUGCUACUGCUGCAUGUUCAGUACUUCGGCAACACUGACACACAUAACGUAGUUCCUUUUUCCCCCAACAAAUUGAACAGGAAAUUGAUUUUUAAGGAAACCAACAUUUUCAGGUUUCCUCUCGUGGGGAACAUUCUGGCUAGUCUUCGGCCUGACUGUGACACAAUCAGGAACUUGUCACAUAUUUUCUACUUAAGAUUUCCCAAGUGGGCUCAGUUAGUGUUUUAACAAAUGUACUUUUAAGAAAAAUAGAAAUACCAGUUAGAGAAAAUUUAGAUUUGAGUAACGUUCAACCAGAGAAGCUAUUUUAUUGAGUACACAGAAUGUUCCCGUAAAGGAGAGCUGACAGUUACAUUUUAGAGAUGUUUCGAAUGGUUUUUCUGAGCCAUUCUCUUUCACUCUUUAGAGAUUUCCACUUUACGGUUCAAGUUUGUUUAAGAGAGUACACAGGAUACAGUCUACCAGUGGAGACAGUUAAUACUUAUUUUAAACCCACUAUUAAGGAUUUCAGUAUUUCAUCAAAUUAAUUCAAGUGUAGGAGAUUAGGACAGAAGGAGGCGAAAAUAAAUUUAUCUGGAGAGAUUUCAAAUGAUUGGUUGUUGUUUGUUGUUUUGCUUUUUAUGCUUGUGUUUCUGGUUGUCUUUCCUACGUUGGCUGUAAAAACAAGGUCAUCCACUUUCCAAGGGACGAGUUUCAAAAUAAGAGUUGAGGCCAGAUAAAUUCUUGGACUUGUAUUUUACUUCCUUUACUACAUGGUGGGGGUAAUGGUGGGGGUGGGGGUGGGGGAAAUGGGACCUCUGUCCAUAUCUUUCACUAGAAAUGUUGUAUACACAGAGCUUGAGGGAAGGCUUUUGAAGGUUACAGGUCAUAGAUAAUGUAAAAGGGCUCUUGCCCAUAUAGCACCAUCUUGUAUUUUGAAUAUUGUGAUUUUUUUUUUUUGCUUGCUUGAAUAUCUGAAAUCUGGAAUUGGCCGAACUAGAGAUUUACAAUGCUGUUCUUUCCCUAAGGCCUGUUUCCUUUUCAGUGACAGAGUAUUGUCUGUUAUACUUCAGUCCUUUUGUCGCUGGUACAGAUCAUUCAGUACUCAGAAACAUUGACACAAGUUAAUACUGUGUUUUACAAUUAUCAGAGUCACUAUGUAUGUUUUUCUGACUAUCUUCAUUUGGAGUAUGAUAAUGAAACUGCCAUACUGGAUACUCUAUUAAUAUUUGAGAUGUGUGGUGCUUUGCUCUUUAUUAAUAUCACGAGAAACAAGGAACCACCACUAUUCAUGAGCUACAAAAUUCAGCAGAUCUUGUCUAAUACUAAAAGACUACAUUAGUCAAAAUCUGGGAAUACUAGUGCUUGCUAUUGUAAAUUUUGGCCAUUUUUGCUUAUCUUUGGGGGAGAAAAGGUGAUCUGGAUCACACUGGAAGUUUUUCUCUGUAUUCAUUUUAAGAGUGGAAAUAGAGGAGGAUUAUUUUAAGUUAUGUUUAUAUUUUGGUGUUAUUUGAAAAUGGAUGUACAUACUGGAAAUGUCUGUAAGUCUCAGUCUGCACAUAAUUUAUUGCAUUUUCUUAAAUGUCUUAAAAGUAUUGUUCUUGAACUUUAUUUGUACACUUCCAAUGUUUAGGUCAGUGAUCAACUGAAAAUAUUAUAAAUCAAAUUCUUAUUCCUCAAAUCACUUAGUUUGUAUUGUAACUAUUUUGGUUUGUUAAGUUAUGGUAAUUUUAGGUCUUAGCGAGUUACUUUAAUAUUAUUACUACUUAAAACUGCUGAAACCGUAAAAGGCACUCGAUUUGACUGUCCGACAAAGGACAGAGUGUAAACUGAUUGAUCAAAGAGUGUGAAAACAAAGUGCAGGACCUCAGAUCUUAUGAACAUUUGGUUUUCGUAUUAUUUCUUCUCUUGACUCUAGUGCAUGAUGCCUGACCGGGGUUCCAGUGUCUUCGACAAUUCCUACUUUAAUGCUAGUGCUCUUCAGCGUCCAUACAGUUUAACACAGAAUUGUUGCUUCAUGAUCCUUAAAGACUUUGCAGUUUUUUAUUUAUCAGCAAAUGAACAAAAAGGGAGUAUCUGGUUACUAUGAAUUAUAUUUCCUAAAUGACAGCUCAGUAUGACCUUAACAAUAGCCACAUUGUUUUGGGGUAUAGGUAAUGCUUUGGGGGUUAGGGAAUGUGUGGUGAGGCCAAGCCGUAGACAGGGAGCAUUGUAUGGGCUGAAUGUCUAGGCAGAGUUUUCCAUUAAAGGACUUCAGUUAUUAUAGCAGAUUAUUCAAGACCACCUCUCUUAAAGUAACUCACAGUUUAUGUACUAGUUUUCUCAUUCUUUUCUUUUUUUUUUUCUGCCUGAAUCGGAAGUGUACUUCAGAGUGAUACAUUAGGGCAGAAACUGAACUUUGCUCCUUCUGAUACACUGAUGAAGUCCGCCAUUAAUUUCAUGACAAUAAACCUAUCGUUCUAGGCUAGCCUUCUUAGCUGGGGGUGACCUGGAUUUCUGGCCCUCAACAUCAAAGAAGCAUCUUUAACCCAGAGACAGACAGACAGUUCGUGAUUGCAGUAUUACAGUGCUCAUUCCAAACUUAGCUUUUUAAGGGGCCUGAAAUGGGAAUAACCUACUUUGUGUUUCUUUGUUGUUGUUGGGAACAAAGUGGCAAGAGGACAGGAGAGGAACCAAAUUAACCCUUGCUGCUGCUUUUCAUCCUCUAGUCCUCUCUAGCCCGAAAUCUUAAGCUCUCCCAGGCCCAAGCUACCAUCAUGGGUUGUUGGAUAUAGCCCCUCAAUUAGCCCUUAUGGUUUUGGCUAAAGACAAAGAAUUCUCGACUAGGUUUUUUUGUGUAAUAGGAUUAACAUGUGCUUUAAAAUUAUAUUUUUAAAAAGUAAAUAAAAUACUGCAUUUAUAUGGAUAUUCAGACUCAAUUAUAAAUAUUAAAGGUUCUAUAGACCAGGCUUCAAGAGAAGAAACCCAGUGUUUGAAGAUUCUAAAGAGCGAUGUCCCAACAAUUCUGGAACAAGUGUUUAUAAUCUGGAUAUGUGGUAGCCCCUCAUUACAUUGGCCUAUUCAAGAAUUACCAAAUUCCAUCUGAGCUGUUAAAGUUACUGUCCUAGCAGGGCCCUGGUGAGGGGCAUUUCACUCUGGUGGACAGCAGGCACUACGGUUCAAGUCACCUGGUUAAUGGUAAGUCCUCAGUGCUUUCUGAAUGAAAGGUGAAAUGGAAAAGAAAAGCCCAGGCUUUUUAAAAAAUAUCUUUUCAAAUUUACCUUUGAUCAAGGAUCUACCUGUACACUCUUCUGAAGCUAAGCAUUUAAGGAGAAAGUCCAGAAAUAAAAUGUCCAUAUUUUCCACUAGAAUUGUUUUUUUUUUUUUUAUUAUGAUAACGGGGGUGGGGAGUAAAUUCUCAAAAGAAAACAGUAUUGUAAGAAAUAUGAAUGUGCUUCAGUGACUCAUUCCUGGAAAAGAGCCUGGGUAUAUAGACAGAUUUUUUAAAAAACUAUAUUUGUCUUAGGUAUUUAAAGUCUCAGGAAGUUUAGUUUUGGCUCAAAACACUGGGGAAAAAAUAAUACUGGACAGUGCACUAGUAGUAUUUGAAUAACUUAUAGUAGCAACAGAAUAGAUCCAUCCAACCAGGAAGUCAGAGGGCAAGGGAAAAGCUUACAGAAUCAAUUUCUCCCUGGAAAUAAAAGCAUCAAGUUCCAACUUAUGGUAAACAGAGGGUCUUAAAGUGCUUGUGCGUGAGUGUCUGUGUGGAUGUGUUGAGGGAAUGGUUGUUACUUAAAGGCUCGCCUAGUUGAGUGGCCUGUCACCUGCUUCCACAUCUACAGAGUGGGGAAGGAAAGAAAUUGUGAUGAUUUCCGAUCCUUGGCCCUGCCCCAACCCCAAAACUGCUAGAGAUUCAAGAAUGAAUGAGAGGUAAAAAAAUAAGAGAACCAGAGGCAACUUGUCAAUAAUGUGCAUGCUGUGUGUGGAGAUGUACAGAACUACAUAUGUGUGAAUAUAUUUCCACCUUACAUGCAUACAUAUAUACAUACAUAUGCGCACACGCACACACACACACACACACACACACACUGCAAUCACAUGGCAUAAAAUAUAUGUACAUUGUAUAAGGAACUUGGUAAUGUCAGUUAGGACUCCAAGCAGUAAUCAUAGCCUUAUCGCCACUUUGUGUGUGUGUAUACAUGGAAUGGCUCAUAAGAUUUUAAGAGAUUUUUUUAAUGUAAGUAUUUCUACUAAAUGCACUUAUCCUUCUACAUGUUUAUAUAUUUUGGUAAAAUUGAUUUACUAGAUACUUGGUAUUUUAGUAAGAUAAAGUUUCCUCAAAUGUUUAGUUAAUGCUUUGUUGUCAAGAUUGCACAUUGCUGAGUUGAACCUCAGAAACGUAGGCAGCUUUGGGCAUUUUCAACUGCAGACCGCAGUCUCUUGGCUAAAAAUUAUACCUGUGUUCUUGUGCAUUCGCUCAUGCUCUUCGAUGAUGUACUUGGUAGCUAUGAUGCUUAAGCCACUAACUACUGGCUCUCUGAUGGCAGUGUUGCCAUCACACGGUCAUUUCUUUACUUUUUUUUGUGGAGCGAUGGCAUGGUUAGGUCAUUGCCAAAUAUCACGCAAGUGGAUAUGAGCGUGCGUAUGUUGUUGGAAGGUGUGCCCUUCUCUUUCUUUCAGCUGCUUUAUCCACAUACCCAGGUUUUCUGCUAAGGAUGUAACCGUUCAUCCAUGAAAGAACAAUUGGCCAAAAAUAGUUAAAUUACCUUGACAAGUGGGAAUUAACAGGCACUCCAACUAGAUGACACCUACCAACAACAUCAGGUUUAGUUAGUGCUUUGCAAAACCCCUUAAGUAUGUGUGUGUAUAUGUUUUCCUUAAUAUUAUUUGUGGUUAUCACAAUCAUUGCUUUUGUAUUUUUAAUGGUGUCGCAGUUAAGCCACUUGUACAUCUGCUACAUAUCACUAACAAAACCAGCCAGCUGAAAAGAGAAACAAGAGAGAAUGAAUUCUAUUCCAUUUUAAGAAGUUGAUUUAUUUUAAUCUUUCUUUAUAUAUCACUAAAGGAAAAGAGUUGUUUGAAAAUCAUUUUGCGUCCGAUAAGUAUGGAUAGCAUGCUAUCUGAAACUUUUAAUUUGUACAUUUUGGUGUCUGAUCAUUUGCAUGGAAGAGACAAUAUAGUGCCACGUCUGAAUUGUUCUCUUGUGCUUGGUUAAUAUGUACUUCUCUAGAUUGUUCCGUUUCAAACGACAUUUCUUACUCUUUGGUUUUCAGAGGCGUUCAAAGCAAACUAUCACAAUGGUCCUCUGUUUUCUGACCAAUCUAAAAAUACCUGUGAUUACAUUUAAUUUGUCAGUGUAAAUAAAUCUCUUGCCAAUGAGUAUUAUUGUUGUCAGACAACGAAUGCAAUAAAAAGAGAAAUACGGA